AGCACCCACCACAAGGCACCUCUUCUCUGUCUAAAGUCCACUUUCCAUUUCACACUUCACACAACAAAUAACAUCAACACAAGCUCGUGUUAGUAUCUCACAUCUUUCAUCCAAAACCGACACAAAACAAAGCUAAGCCUCUCUUCUCUUCCUUUUCCCAAAUAAGCAAAACCAAUCACUUUCUUUACAAUAUCUUUCUUUUCCAGCAAUUCAAUCUUCCAUUUUUUUCUUACCAUACCAUUCAUUUAAUUACAUUUAUUUUCACACCAUACCAUUCAUUUGAACUUUCUCUAGAUCCACAAUUAGCUGCGACCUUACCCCCCAAUCACAAACAAUUUAUGGAGGUAAUUAAUACUCUUGUCUUUCUUCACUUGGGCAUACUAUAGAACAAUAUUUUCAUUCAAAUUCAACCGACCUUUCUUGACAAUUUUCAAUUUUUUUUCUCAUAUUCCAAUCUCAUUUUCUCCCCUAUGUUUUCUAGAAAAAUAUAGGAAACAAAGAAACUUUAUUUUUCUUGUUCCUCUGGUUUUAGCUUUUCAAUAAACAAUAGAACUAACGAAUAAGGAUCAGCCAAAAACUCGUAGAUUUAUAUUAUUAUAUAUUAGUAGGCAGAACUUUUGGCGGUUUACACUGUUCAAACUUCAACAGAGGUUGAUAAGAGAAGCAAAUUAAAGAAAAACAGUCAUCACAUUAAAGUCUCAAAUUAAUUAAAAUUCUUUCAAAUUCGCCAACUCAUUCUUAUUCAUUGUGGGGGUGAAAGAAAAAACUGUUUUAAAUUUUUCUUUCCUAAAGCCCCACCUUCACUUGUCACAUACCUUUCAUUAUCUCGAAGGAUUAGUCUUUGAUUUCCACUGGGAUACUGCGAGUCCACCCAAAAACCUUUUUCAAAGAGCAAAUAAAUAGUACUUGUACCCUUUUGUUAUUAUCUUAUGGGGGUGAUGGUGAUAAUGGGAAAAGGUUGGUUUUUUAGAUGGGUUAUGAUGAUUGGUGUGAUGGGUUGGUGUGUGGCAGGGCUUGGGGUGAAUUGGGGGACUCAAGCCACACACCAGUUGAGGGCAGACACAGUGGUUGAGAUGUUGAAGGACAAUGGGAUUCAGAAGGUGAAGCUGUUUGAUGCAGAUGAGUCUAGCAUGAGUGCUCUAUCUGGCUCUGGGAUUGAAGUCAUGGUUGCCAUUCCCAAUAACCAACUUGCUGAGAUGAAUGACUAUGAUCGUGCUUUGCAGUGGGUCAAGAAGAAUGUCACUCGGUACAACUUCAGGGGUGGAGUUAACAUCAAGUAUGUAGCAGUUGGGAACGAGCCAUUUUUAAAAUCCUACAAUGGUUCAUUCUUGAACAUCACCCUCCCUGCAUUACAGAACAUUCAAAAUGCACUCAAUGAUGCAGGCCUAGGGGACUCCAUAAAGGCCACAGUACCCUUAAAUGCUGAUGUGUACGAGUCUCCACCGAACAGUCCUGUGCCCUCAGCAGGAAUAUUUAGGCCUGAUAUAAGUGACCUUAUGACCCAAAUAGUGCAAUUUUUGGCAAAGAACAAAGCACCAUUCACAGUCAACAUUUACCCCUUCUUGAGCCUCUAUGGGAAUGACAAUUUCCCCUUUGACUAUGCCUUCUUUGAUGGUGUGGCCAAUCCCAUAAUUGAUAAUGGGGUUUCAUACACCAAUGUCUUUGAUGCAAAUUUUGACACCUUGGUCUCUGCCCUAAAAAAAGUAGGGUAUGGGAACAUGCCAGUUUUGGUAGGAGAGGUAGGGUGGCCCACAGAUGGUGACAAAAAUGCUAAUGUAGGAAAUGCUUUUAGGUUCUACAAUGGGCUUCUACCAAGGCUUGCAAUGAAUAAAGGGACCCCGCUUAGGCCAGGAUUUAUUGAAGUUUACCUAUUUGGGCUCAUUGAUGAGGAUGCCAAGAACAUUGCCCCAGGGAACUUUGAGAGACAUUGGGGUAUUUUUGGGUAUGAUGGGAAGCCCAAGUUUCCAAUGGACCUUUCUGGAAAAGGCCAAAAGAAGGUACUAGUUGGUGCUCAAAAUGUGCACUAUCUUGAGCCAAAUUGGUGCAUGUUUAACCCUGAUGCACAGGACCUAAGCAAACUUGCUGAUAAUAUAAACUAUGCUUGCACCCUUGCUGAUUGCACUGCACUUGGAUAUGGUUCUUCUUGCAACAACUUGGAUGCCAAUGGAAAUGCCUCAUAUGCAUUUAAUAUGUACUACCAGACACAGGAUCAGAAUUACAUGGCCUGCAAUUUUGAAGGCUUGGCAAGGCUUACAACAAGCAAUAUUUCAACACCUACUUGCAAUUUUAUUGUUCAGAUAAAUCCUUCCUUGUCCUCUUCUUUGAGGCCCCAAAUAGUAGCUUUCUUGUUUGUCACUCUACUACCCUUCAUUCUAUUUUUGUAGGAUCUUGUACAUACAUUAUUAUAGGCGCUAUUAUAGAUAUUUUCAUCAGUUGUUGUACUUGGUUAUACUCUGGAUGAUAUUAUAGUUUAAAGAUUCGUUUAAUAAAGAAUUUUAUAGA